AAAAUGAGGCUGUCAGCUGGUCAAUGUCUCAGUCCAAACGCGUCUUAUCAAAGAAACACUCAGCAUCGAAUCAUAUCAUUAUGGGCUCUGUUUGUUUUUCAUGGCACUUUUGUUUGUUUUUCAUCCUCUUAAAUACUUGUCGCUCCUUGGGAACUGGGGCGCUUGUCGAUGUCGAUGAAUGUGCGGUAGGAACAGACGACUGUCACAUCGAUGCAAUCUGUCAAAAUACACCCAAAUCCUACAAAUGCAUCUGCAAACCGGGCUACAAAGGAGACGGGAAGCAAUGCGAAGAUAUUGAUGAAUGUGACAAUGACUACAAUGGUGGCUGUGUUCACGAGUGUAUCAACAUUCCAGGCAACUACAGAUGUACUUGUUACGAUGGCUUUAUGUUGGCCCAUGAUGGCCAUAAUUGCCUGGAUGUCAAUGAAUGUGAUGACAACAAUGGCGGCUGUCAGCAAAUCUGUGUGAAUACCAUGGGUAGCUAUGAAUGCCAAUGUAAAGAAGGGUUCUUUCUGAGUGAUAACCAGCAUACCUGCAUCCAUCGAUCCAAUGAGGGCAUGAACUGUAUGAACAAAGAUCACGGAUGUGCACACAUCUGCCGAGAGGCGCCGAAGGGUGGGGUGGCUUGUGAAUGCAGGCCUGGCUUUGAGCUCGCCAAAAACCAGAGGGACUGCACAUUAACCUGUAACUAUGGAAAUGGGGGCUGUCAGCAUACCUGUGACGAUGCGGAUAAUGGACCUGUGUGUGGCUGUCAUCAGAAAUAUGCUCUGCAUUCAGAUGGAAGAACAUGCAUAGAGAAGGAUGAGGCUGCAAUUGAGAGCUCUGAGUACAAUGCCACGUCAGUAGCUGAUGUGGACAAGCGGGUGAAACGGCGGCUGCACAUGGAAACAUGUGCUGUGAAUAAUGGAGGCUGCGAUCGUACAUGCAAAGACACGGCUACAGGAGUCCGCUGCAGUUGUCCUGUUGGAUUCACGCUACAACCUGAUGGGAAAACAUGCAAAGAUAUUGAUGAAUGUUUAGUAAAUAAUGGUGGAUGUGACCAUUUCUGUAGGAAUACGGUUGGCAGCUUUGAGUGUAGCUGUCGAAAAGGCUACAAGCUUCUGACAGACGAGCGAUCCUGUCAAGAUAUCGAUGAGUGUUCCUUUGAAAGGACAUGUGACCACAUGUGCAUUAACUACCCAGGAAGCUUUGAAUGCUUGUGUCAUAAAGGUUAUACCUUAUAUGGACUGACGCAUUGUGGAGAUAUCGAUGAGUGCAGUAUUAAUAAUGGGAGCUGUGAUUAUAGUUGUGUUAAUACGAUGGGAAGUUAUGAAUGUGUGUGCCCUCCUGGGAAGAAGUUACAUUGGAACAAGAAGGAUUGUGUUGAGGUGGUGAAAUGUGUCCGAAAUGCAAAGAUUGCACGCAAAGUCCAGCUCGUCUGCAGUAAGAGUGGAGGAGUAGAAAGUUGCUCUCUGUCCUGUCCGUCCAAAGCACUCUUUGUAGCAGAUUCUGAAAAUAGCUAUACUUUUAGCUGUGGAGUUCCAAUACAGCCAACAAAAUCCUCACAAAAGCGAAAUACAAGUCUACCUAACUGUGCAGAUCCUUUAGCACCACCAAUAAAACAAAAAGCUAGAUUCAAGAUUAAAGAUGCUAAAUGCCAUCUACGACCACGUAAUAAGGAAAAGGUUAAGGAUAGUCUGAAACAAACAAUAUCAGGAGGUCACUUCCCAUGCACAGAUAACUGUCACGUGACCUUUGUGAAUCUGAAGUGCGAUUCUUCCAAAAAGAGGAGGCGCGGACGGAAGUCACCGUCGAAGGAGGUGUCACACAUUACAGCAGAGUUCGAGGUCGAGAUGAAGUCUGAGGAGGUGACAGAGUCUUGCAACAUGGAAUGUGUGCGCAAGAGGAUGGAACAAAAGCUGCAGACAGCAAUUAAAACACUAAGGAAGUCCAUUAAUAAACAACAGUUCUACAUUCAGUUCUCUGGUACAGAAUAUGAAGUUGCCCAGAAACCAGCAAAAAUACAUGAAAAUCAGGAGGCAUGCAGCACAGGCCAGGUGCUCCAGGAUGGCAAGUGUAUCAGCUGUGAAACAGGCCACUACUACAGCGGGGAGCACAAGCAGUGUCUCCUGUGUCCUCCAGGAACCUACCAAGACACGAAAGGACAGCUAUCCUGUGAGCCAUGUCCAAGCAACGAUGGACAAGGAAUGGCUGGAGCUCGGAACGUGUCUGAAUGUGGAGGCCAGUGCUCUCAAGGACAUUUCUCCUCCGAUGGAUUCAGACCUUGUCGGUCAUGUCCAUUUGGCACCUUCCAACCAGAGCCAGGGCGCACUCAGUGUUUUCACUGUGGAGGUGGAUUGAUGACAAAAUACGAAGCAGCAGUUUCAUUUCAAGACUGUGAAACAAAAGUUCAUUGUUCUCCUGGUCACUAUUACAACUCCACCACACACAGAUGCAUUAGAUGUCCAGUAGCAACUUAUCAGCCUGAGUUUGGCCAAAACUACUGUAUUACCUGUCCUGGAAAUACAACGACAGAUUUUGAUGGCUCCACAAAUGUCACGCAAUGUAAAAAUCAGCAAUGCGGUGGCGACCUUGGAGAGUACACGGGAUUCAUUGAAUCUCCCAACUAUCCUGGAGACUAUCCUUCUAAUGUGGAGUGUAUUUGGAAUAUAAAUCCACCACCGAAGAGGAGAAUUCUGAUUGUAGUGCCAGAGAUUUUCUUACCAAUGGAGGAUGAGUGUGGAGAUGUUUUAGUGAUGAGAAAGAGUUCGUCACCAACAUCGAUCACAACAUAUGAAACAUGCCAGACCUAUGAGCGACCAAUAGCAUUUACUUCAAGAUCUCGAAAGCUGUGGAUUCAAUUCAAAGCUAAUGAGGGGAACAGUGCCAAAGGAUUUCAAGUUCCAUACGUUACCUAUGAUGAGGACUAUCAGCAGUUAAUAGAAGAUAUUGUAAGAGAUGGGCGUUUGUAUGCUUCAGAAAACCAUCAAGAAAUUCUGAAAGACAAGAAAUUGAUCAAAGCACUCUUUGAUGUAUUGGCACAUCCUCAAAAUUACUUCAAGUAUACAGCACAAGAAUCUAAAGAAAUGUUUCCCAGAUCAUUUAUAAAGUUGCUACGUUCCAAAGUGUCCAGAUUUUUAAGGCCAUAUAAAUAGUUUUGGUGGUUUUAAAAUGCUAUUUUACUGCAUUCUGAAUGAAGAGGUAUCCCUCCCUUCAACACUGGCGUCAUGUUUCUCCUCAAAAAAAAAUCUGUUUAAUAGUCUUCAGUUUUACUUUAAACGUUUUUCCAUUCUUCCUCAGUGAAGAACCUAUCCUCAAAUGAUAUAAAAGCAGUUAUCCUGCUCUGAGUUAAUAAUAUUCCUCUGAAAGCAGAAAGAAUUUAGGAAGUUAUACAUGCAUUUAACUUCAGCUGUAAAUUUGUGCACUGCAAAUUGCUUUCUGCCCUUUCUUACAUGUUCAAAGAACAGGUGAUUCUAACAGAAAGUGACCUCUAUUAAAAGUAUUUUCAUUUUCAGUCUCUUCUACAGGAAAGAAAGGUAAUCCUGUAGAACAAAAACAUUCUUUUCAGUAUGUUGGAAAAUUGCAGAAAUUGGCAACUACCUGCAAAAGUAUCAAAGUGAUGCAAUAGCAAUAAAGAUGUAAGUAAUAUUUGGAAUUUAAUUGCACUUGAAUUUUAUAUUUGAAACAAUUUAGAGGGAAAAGAAAGGCUAAGUUGUAUUCUCCUUGCAUUUUAUGUCUUACCUAAAAUUACUGUUUGAAUUGUGUGGAUUCAUAACUGUCCUUCAGAGAUGAAUCAGAAUUGCAACAACUAUUCUAAUUUCAUGUGUUGAGCAAUCAGAGAAGAGAUCAUAUUCUUUCUUCCUUCCUUCCUCUGAUGCAGGUACACAAUCUCUUUAUUCUUUCUAUAUAUAUAUAUAUAUAUAUAUAUAUAUAAAGUUUUUCUUUAAAAGAAAACAACAUUUUCUUAAAUGGACACACAAUUUUAAUGUUUACUUUUAUCAUUUCUUGGGUGGAAGAGGAAAAGUUAUUCCCAGUAUAUUUCCCGAUAACACAAUAUGUUGGUGAAUGCAGAAAUGUUGUGUUUGAAUGGUUAGUAAUCCUUCCCCUGAUAAGGAAAAUCUGUGUAGACCGUCUCAGCUCAUUUUGGUACAGCCAUAUUGGUUGUUCUUAGCUGAAUAGAUGAAGUGGUGAUGAUAAUUGGAUAAACACUGUUUCUUUUUCAAAAAUGCAUUCUCUCGUGUAUUUAUGCUACUGAUUUCAUGCUGUAAUGGUAGCAAAGCUACUAGCUGAUAUACUAACUGGAAUAGGCAGGUGUUCCUGUUAAUCUGAAGUUUCGUUAUCUGUACAGAACUGGAAAGUGUUUCUUUUGUUGUUUUUCUCCCAUUCUUAGGUUACUGGGUCUGAUUGAUACUUUACCUAAGCUUAAAAAAAAAUGUAGAUGCUGCUUUAUAAGCAUUAUUACCAAUAUGUAAAUUAUGUACAAAUGUUGGCAAUGUUUUCCAUACAAAAUUAAGUUAAUAUUUACCAUGGUUGAUAGAGGAAAAAAGUUAAAAUACAACUGUAUAAACUGCAAUAAGAUUUUGUUACUUUAUAUACAUGGCUAUGGUCUAGGCUUACAGUAAGAGCUCCACACAGUUGUGUUAAUACUGCCAGUUUUUUUUUAAUCAUUGUAAAUGUAACCUAUAUAGCUUUACCCAUUUUACUUGGUCUUUUCUUGUCUCCGUAUUUAGUUUAAUUAGACCUCAAAAGGAGGCUCAUAUGGAUUUGUUUGUUUAAUCAUUUUCAUAAUAAACCACAAAGGUUACUUUAAAAAGAGAAAUGUGUCUUUUUAUUGGAAAUUGGAGAACCAGGGAUAGUACACCCUCCCAUCAAUCAACUAAUCUUUUAUCCAUCC